GCCUUCCCCUGCAAUCCAUCAGCCCACUAGCUAUACUAUCUCUCUCACUGAAUCCCUUUCUUGAAAAGGAGAGCGCAUACACGCACAACACUUCCUUCUCAUGGUUAUUUAACGCCGCUCGCUGCGCCUUCACCCUAUUCGUUUGCCUCUUCCUCCUCACACUGCUUCAUUAUAGCUCGGAGGGGGGACAAUUCUCGGGUUCCGAUCUCUCCGUAGCCGUGCUUCAACGAGGAGGGAAUUGAUUAACGAGAAGCAUAUUAAGAGGACGAGGUGCGGCGUUCGCAAUACCCGAGAUUUGUGUCGGAGCGAACCGAAGCAGCAGCAAAAAGGCACACUGAUUGUCUCUUCAGUUCGUUUGUCUCCUAUAGCUCAGUUGGAUAGAGCGGGCGUGGUAAAAAGGUGAAUACAUAGCUUGGAGAAAAAUGAAUACUUUCUCCCAUGUUCCCCCGGGAUUCCGGUUCCACCCUACAGAUGAAGAACUAGUGGAUUACUAUCUUAGAAAGAAGGUCGCAUCGAGAAAGAUUGAUUUAGAUGUUAUAAAAGAUGUCGACUUAUAUAAAAUUGAACCAUGGGACCUGCAAGAAAAAUGUAAGAUAGGAACAGAAGAGCAAAGUGAGUGGUACUUUUUUAGCCACAAGGAUAAGAAGUAUCCUACCGGUACGCGAACUAAUAGGGCGACAACGGCUGGAUUUUGGAAGGCAACUGGAAGAGAUAAGCCAAUUUACUCGAAGAACAACCUUGUUGGAAUGAGGAAGACCCUAGUUUUCUAUAAAGGCCGAGCGCCGAAUGGACAAAAGUCUGAUUGGAUUAUGCACGAAUAUCGUCUCGAAACAAAUGAAUAUGGGAGUUCCUCCCAGGAGGAAGGAUGGGCAGUUUGUAGAGUGUUCAAGAAGCGAGCCACCGCCACACAAAGACUAAGCGAGCACGAGUCGCCUUGCUGGUACAACGACCAUGCUCCGUUCAUCCCCGACCUAGAUUCGCCAAAAAUGAACAGACUAGGGCAUCAAACGGAUCCGUCCUUCGAGACCCAUCUCUAUUCCUGCAGACCUGAGCUAGAGUUGAACCACUUCCUGCCGCACGAACCCUUUCUGCAGCUCCCUCAGUUAGUGAGCCCCAAACUUAUGAACUGCAUCAGCCAUGCAGCCAAUCUUCAGGCGUCGACGAUAUCUUCCCACGAAGAGCUUAUCCAUCAGCCCAGCAAUCAACUUCAUGCAAUCGCAAUUUGUGGUAAUAACGGAGGCACCGAUCAAUCCUCCGAACAUGUUACGGAUUGGAGAGUUCUCGACAAGUUCGUCGCUUCUCAGCUUAGCCAUGAUAAUGCCAACAAAGAGCCAAACUACUCAGAUUCUGCAAAUAUGUUCCAAGUUUCAGACAAACAAGAAGAGGCCUCAACAUCAGGCUCCAGUAGCCAAAUUGAUAUGUGGAAAUAAGGCCAGUGACUGCAAUAAAAAUAAAAAGAAUGAUUAUAUAUGACUACAUAUAUCGAUCUCUCUCUCUCUCUCUCUCUCUCUCUAUAUAUAUAUAUACAUAUAUACUGAUCUUAAUUAGGGAGCAAUGUAUAAAGAAAAUGGCAAGUAAUCAUGCAGGUCUUUGUACAUAAUAAACUUAAACUAAUACUGGGCUAGCUAGUAUGCCAAACUGCUUAGCCACAAGCUGCUGUUAAUAAGGUAAUUAGAUGGAAUUAAGGUGAAAUUAAGCCAAGGGUUUGGGUAAACUAACUUGGCUCAGUCAUGUUGCAGGAAAUGUAUACCCUGCUGUUUAAUUAGUGGACUUCUAUUUGUAGUCCUUUGUUCGACAACAGCAUUUGCUGUUGAAAAAAUCGUUGUAUACAGGAUUUUAGAUGUUUGUUGUGUUUAAAUUGCAAUGCCAAUG